AUCUUCCAGAUAACAACACCGUCUGAGUCCAUUCUCGAUCAACUGCAAACAAUGGAGGAGUUGAAACAACAGUGUGAUGGAAAAAGAAAUGUGUAUCAAGGCCUAUUAGCUACCCAGAGGGAAAAGGAAAGGUCAAGAAAGGGUGAAAACGUUUCAUCUCAGCAGUUGGAAGCAGCUUCUAACGAAUACGAACGGGAGGCCAUUUGUUUUAUUUCCUGUUUGAAAUCAUUGAAAGAAGCACAAACCCGGAGUUUUGUAACACAGGCAGUUCAGCACCAUGCUGCACAGGUUAGUCUCUUUAGCAAGGGACUAAAGUCUCUCGAGGCAGUUGACCUGCAGGUGAGAUUGGUGGCUGAACAUCGACAUAGUGCUUACAACUCCAAUGGCCUUCUUCAGGAUCACUAUCAGCAAAGAUGUGCAAGCUUGAUUAGCACUUGCAAUAAUUUACGGUAUCCACUGCCCUUGGAACUUAAAGAAGAGCACGAGAUGAAUUUAAGAGCUGGCGAAAUGAAAGAAAGCAACAAUAUCAAAAGAGCUUCUAAGAAGUUAAAUAUUUUGUCAUCUCAGAAACUAGGAGAGGUUCAUGUCCUUCCUAACCCCUAAAGUGAUAGAAAUGCGCGGUUCGCUCGAUCUGCUGUGGUGAGGAGAAGGGAAGUGGACCACUAUGCUACAAUAGAAAACCGG